CGGUCGAACAAAAACAACAACAAUCCUACUUCGAGUGGGAAUUUGGUGUUCUUAGAUAUGUUUGGAUGUAUAGUGUCAGGACGCUUGUGACAGGUUUAUCACCUAUCAGCAAUCAGGUGCAAACUGAUGCUCAACAGAUUGGACCUACUCAGUUUGUUUUCAACUUAACUGAUGUUGAAAGUAUCCAUCAUGUGGUAGUGUUCUUGACUGGUGUGACCCCAUUCCCAGAUGGGAUGGGUGGGGGAGUUUACUACUGUUAUCCAACCCCCGACGGACCAAAGUCACAGCUACUAGGAUUCAUAGCAAACAGCAAACCAAGUGCUAUAUUUAAACUUGCAAAGGUCAAGCCAGAGGAAAGAGUUCAGAACCCAUUUUCAAUGGAUGCUAGUACAGGGAUUGACCAGGCAGGCGCUCAAAUUGGUAUCUCAGUUGAGCCCUUGGACCAGUUGGCCCAACAAACACCAGCAAGUCAAUCAAUACCAUCCAGCUUGAACACUUUUGUGGAAUACACGCAGAAAAUGUUGGAGAAUUUCUUCAAUUUUGCAUCUUCCUUUGCCAUAACACAGACCCAAAUGACACCAAAUCCAUCAGAGAGUUUUGUGCCACUGAGCGUGGUUCAACGGUGGUAUGAGAACUAUCAAAGAAAAAUGGCAAACGACCCUAAUUUCUGGAAAAAUUGACGCAAUGAAAAUUGCUUCCGCUAACGUCAGCUGGGCAGUAUUUCUACAUUUUACGGCUCGUACAACGAGAGAUAUGCUAGAAAGGUACAAAUAAACCUCAGCUUUUUUUUUGUUUGUUUUAGAAAAAACGAAAAACAGUGGCACUCCAGGAAAACAGCAAAAAUCUUAGUGUGGAAUCUAUCUGCACUUGCUUCAGAUUCUUGACAACUGUUGGAUCAUGUUCACUUUCGAGAGAUGAAUUGCUGCUCAGUUUAUUCCAAAGACGCCAAUGUUUAUUUGUACUUUAUGUACUGACUAUUGAAUAAACAUAAUUUACGUUGUCUUUUUUUUUAACUCAGAAAGGAUGAAUUUGUCUCACCGACAUAAACUAUAUGUAUCGAUGAAUAAGUAGUGAAUUUUAGAAUAUCGAUAAUUGAAUAAAGACAUGGAUGCGUAUGACGGUAUAACUACAAUAUGGCGAUUGCGUAGCCACCAGUAUUUAGCAAGUGUCAAACAGUUUAUUUUAGUCUUGUCUUGCAAUGAUAGUUUUCGAAGGGUUGCAUGAAGUGUUAAAUAAAAUAAACUAGACAUUUGAUGUGCUCUGUCACGCGGUACAAGAUUAAUUUCCGGGACUUCAGACGCCCUCGGAAAGAAAACGACUGAUUUCACAGAGCUUUAUCUUAUUUCAGGGCAGUUGCAAGGAAAUAUGAAAUGUAUCCUCACGUUCAACAGAAGCAAUUUGUCGAGUAGUAAAGUGUAACACUUUUAGUAUAAAUUAAAAUAAUUAUAUUCUGAAUUUAA